AUGGCUGUGCAAACGUCGACUAACUUAGGAAAUCAUCUUUAUGAUAGCGAUGACGAUGAUGAUGAUAAUCAACCGAAUCAAACCAAUGAAUAUGAUGAAGAAAUCGACGAAACCGAAGGUGACUUAAUUGAAAACUAUCUCUAUCUUACACAACGUUGUGGAGUUUUGCGACACUCACCAACAACGAGUGCUUUAGCAACAAUUCAGCAACAACAGAUUCACCAACAAAAUCUGCCAAAUGUUCUCGGUCGACAAAUGUCUUUGGCGAUCGAUGAUCAUCACGGUGAAUUCGAACGUUCACUACAUCAUCUUCGUCCUCGAGCGUCGUUGAAUGAUUUUACUAAUCCUCAUCAUCUUCAUCAUCAUUCAGAGCACAGUCGUGUUCCACCGAAUAUCUAUUAUAGUAAUCGCGAUGACGAUGAUUAUGAUGAGAGAUCAUUCUCUCUAGUGAAACUGUUUGCACGUAUGAAACAACGCUUGAAACACGAUCGACGUUAUCGGGCGAGAUCCACCCAUGAAUUACUUCAUGAAGAAGACUCACAAGAAUGGUAUGAGCUAACGAAAAACACACGAAGUAUUCUUACGAAAGCACUUCUGCCUGAUGGAGGAUACGAUGCGCUUGUUCGUCAAAAUAAACCCAGUCACAGUCGUCGAAAUUCACAGAAGAAACCUCGUGAUUGCGAUCCUGUUCUAUCACAAGUUAUUGAAGAUGAUGAAGAUAAAAUAAAUUUAUCUAUUGACGUGGCAUUAAACACCGAAGGUGAUGUUGUAUUCGACGAAGUGAUCUGGCAGAAUUUCGUCAAAUGUGCCCGCGGUUUUGAUUAUCGUCGAGGCGGAGUUUGUAAAGCAAUUGACCGACAACAAUUUCAAGGACAACUAGUUUAUGUCUAUGGCGUCGCCAAUAAUAUUCUAAUUGAUGAAAAUUUGAAAGCAUCUGGAUUAGGUUAA